AUGGCGAACCACCGCGCCGCCGCCGCUCUCCUCCUGAUCGCGUCCCUCUUCGUGGCGGUCGCCAUAUCCAGGGCCGACGCGAGGCCCACCGUGCGCCGCGACGCGCAUGGACAAGGUUACUUGGCGGAUGCUGCGGCGCGGACGGUGUCUGAGGCGGAGCCGACCUGCGACAACUGUGGGGUGCCGGAGCCGCCGGAGCCGAAAACGGAGCCGCCGACCUGCAGCACUUGUGAGUCGCCGAAGCCGGAGCCAGAGUCAGAGCUGACCUGCAACAAGGUGCACGGGGUGCAGGAAGGCGAGACGUGCUAUUGCUUGGCGCAGGGCGUGGGGCUGACCCUGGACGACUUCCUCGGCUUCAACCCCAACAUCUGCUGCGACAACCUCUUCAUCGGCCAGUGGGUCUGCCUUGAAGCCACAUCCGGUUGUCAUGACUGA